CUCCUCCACUCUACCUUCCACUAGCAGCCAGCGAUGUCCUACGUCAACGGCAAGAUCGAUCUAACGCCUCGACGACACCAUGGAUACGCCGUAUUCCUCUUCAUUCUUGGUACUCUCCUCCCUCCUCUUGCCGUUGCCGCCCGCUUUGGCAUUGGAAAAGACUUCUGGCUGAACCUCUUACUCACGAUAUGUGGGUAUAUACCUGGACACGGGCACAACUUUUAUAUCCAAAACAUCCGUAACAACAAAAAUCACCGCCGAACGCCCAAAUGGGCACAACGUUACGGUCUCGUCGACACAACCAAGAUCGAAUCAAACAAGAAGCGCAGUCAAUGGGCCUCGCGGUACAAUGACCGACUGCCACAUAGUGCGCUCGAGGGACAGGAAUACGCCGAGGGUGAGAUUCCUGAUGCCAAUGGACGCCCUGACUCGAUAUUGGAGCCCGAUGCGCGCGCAAGGAGGGACAAUCAGCAAUUAUGGACUGAGCAAGAUGAGAGAUAUUAUGGGCAGAGGAAUAGUGUACAGGGGAGUGGGAGGUGGCAUUACCCUGCUAACUUCGAAGAUACGCUCCCCGCAGACGGCGGUAUGUACGGCGGUGUAACCAAGAAGAAAAAGAAAGGGAAGAAGGAUCGCUGGGCGCGUACAGAAGACGCGUACGCUGCUCCGCCGAAGAAACGCAAGUCGAAGAAGACGAAGGGUCGCUCGACGGUUGGCGGUGCUGAGCAUGAUGGGGUUGGUGCGUCGGAGUAUGAUAGGAGGAGUAGCACGACGUCGAUUGAGGAUACUGGGUUCCCAGAAGAUCCUGAGGGAGGGCUAUAUGGUGAGCGAAACAGAAGAAACGAUGCGUUACCGGAUGUGCCGCCUGUCGGCGCUGCGGCUGGGGGAGGGAGACAGCGAGAUGUGCUUGACCAUGAGUUUUGA